CCGAUAUAAAGGUUGCAGAUGAAAAACUUGUAUUAAUUGAUUGAAUGAUUAUGAAAAAAAAAUAAUGCAAACUAAUAUAAUAAUAUAUUUAUAAAAAUAAAAUCAGGUAUUAAGUUCAAUUUCUAAUUAUAAACAAAUCCUCAAUUGUAAAUUAUUAAUUGAAUAUAUCUAUAAUCGUUUAUUUUACAUCCCUACAUUAAUUGUCGAAGUUGACACUUACAUUGACAAAACUAUUUCUCUUUCAAUUCUUUAUCAAAGAGUAUUCUUAAUUUUGGUCCAGUGAGAGAGAUUUUGAUAAUUCCAUAUUACUUUUCAAAUUAACUAACGUAUUGUCUUAUAUACCCUUAAUAUUGAGCAAAUACAAGUAAAUAUAAGUCUCUUUCAUUCAAGAAAUGAUCGUCGAUAACAAAGAAGAUAAUAAAACAAAGUGGGUAUGAAUCGCGUCAACGAUUUCUCAACAGUUCAGUCUUGAAUAGCUUUAUUUCGGUAUACUGCACUAGCCAGAUCUUUAUACACCAUGAAUACCAACAGUUUACAUCAGCUUGUUAAUAAAAAUCAAUCAAUUAAAAUAGUGCCGUCAAUUGAAGAAUCUCUACGUGCAAAAGGACUGGAUGUAGAUUUAGAUGAAAACACUAUCGUGUGGUUUAAACAAUUAAAAGUGACAUGGAAAACAUGGAAAAAAAGUGCCACCCUUGAAAAUCAAAUCGAAUUAUUUUUUCAGUCAAUUGUAGACCCCUUCAGAGUGACUUUAAUUUUCAUCAUUAAAACUGAAGAUGUUAAAGAUUGCAAACCAAAAUCGUUACCAUUUUUCCUUGUAGAGACCCUUCAAAAAUGGGCCCUUGCUUCAGGUAACAGUGCCCACGACUCUUUAAAAUUGCCAGCAUUUCACAUUGCUAUACAACAAAGAAAUUCAUAUUUCCUAAAUUUAGUUGUUAAAACAUACCAGAUUGAUACAAUAAAAGAAACUAUUAUUCCUAUUGUCAAAGAUAUGAUUGAAAAAGAUAAUUGUAAAUUGGCAUCUCAAGUUAUUAUAGCAAUGGCACUAUAUGAUGAUAUUCCAGUUGAAGAUCUCCUGUUUCCACUGAUUCUACAAGACAAAACCAAUUUAAUCGAUGAAUAUUUGUCAGAAUGCCCAUCCCAAGUUCAGCUUCUGUUGAAUUUUUUAGAUAAAAUGCUUGAUAAAAAAUUUAAUCUUAAAGAAUAUGCUCAAAAAUAUAUUGAAGAAAACAAAAUAUGUCAUGUUAGAUAUGAUAAAAUACAUUAUAAACCACUUGGAAAAUUAGUAGCCAGAUUGUGUAAUAAGUUUAAUGUACCAAUAGAAAAUUGUAAGAAUCUAAGCAAAAAUCGUACAACAGGAGGGUUGAGAUAUUUAAUUCAUCAGAAAUACCAGGAACACAAUGUGAGUUCUUCUGUUUGGGAUGAUUUGGUUAAAGAUUCACUAAGACAUAAUUCAGAAUCAGCUAGAGAAUUCAUAGACAUGUUACUUGAUUAUGAUAAAAAUGAAGCUUUAAAGUGGGCUACCUAUUUGAAUAUACCUGAAAAUGAUCUGCCAUUGACCUUGAAACAAUUGUCCUUACAAGAAACACCAGAAGAAGAAAGUUGGGAUAAUGAAGCUGUUGUUAGUCCCUCUGUAGAGUACUAUAAAUUAAAAUUAAGCGAAGAACAUGUAAUAUUAAUAGACACAGCUGAAAAAUUUUAUGAUCUGAUGAUGACUGACUUAAAGGAAUGUAGUGUUAUAAGUAUAGAUUGUGAGUGGAAGCCAUGUUUUGGUGCAAAACAAUCUCAAGUAGCAUUAAUACAAAUUGCUACCGAUGCUAUGGUCUAUUUAAUUGAUACAUUAAUAUUGAAUAGCCAAUCAUAUUCAAGUUUCUGGUAUACAUUUUAUAAAUCGUUUUUAGAUAAUGCAGAAAUAAUAAAACUAGGAUUUGGUUUUGAACAAGAUCUGAAAGAGAUGAAAGCAUCAGUAAUAGGGUUAGGAAAUAUUAAAGUUAAAGGAGAAGGUCUACUUGACAUAUCUAUAUUAUGGCGAACACUUCUCAAUAGUGGUCUUGCUCUACCUGUAAAUGAUGAAAGUACAGGCAACAGUUUGAGUUACUUGGUACAAACCUGCUUUGGAUUACCAUUAGAAAAAUCAGAACAGUGUUCCAAUUGGGAACUUAGACCUUUAAGAAAAACGCAAAUAAAUUAUGCAGCAUUAGAUGCAUAUGUUCUCGUAGAAAUUUAUAAUUAUCUCCAACAAAAAUGCACAGAACAAGGCAUCAAUUUUGAUGAAAUAUGUAAUGAUGUAAUGACAGAAUCAAAAAAGAAAUCUGUCAAAAAAGCAAGAGGUCAUGAAAGAGUUCAUAGUUUUGUUACCAAAGGCCCAUUGAAAUCUGCUGACGAAGUGAAAUUUCUAGCAGAACCAAAGUUAUCCUAUCUUGUUCCAUAUUUAAGGUAUUGUGGAAUAGAUACUGCUAUGAUGUCUGAAACAAUGCUGUGGUGUGAUGUAAUUAAUUUGGCAAUAUCAGAACAGAGAUUAGUUAUUUUAACAAAAUUAAAAGGCACACCUAAUAAAAAAUUUCCUCAGAGUUCUAUAUUGGAUAUAGGUAAGGGCAGUAUCACAGAUCAAUUACAAAUAAUAUUCAAUAGAUUUAAUAUAGGUAUUAAGCAAAAUGAUUUAUUUAGAUUUUGUUUGAAAUGUAACGGGAAGGAUAUAAGAAAGUUACCACCAGAUGAAGUUACGAAACUAUGUAUUGAUUAUGAGACUAAUGAAAGUACAAAUUGUCAAUAUAAUAAUGUUGAUUAUGAUGACGAUGAAUCAAACUAUGAUAAAUUUCUUAGUGAUUCUGAUGGUGAUGAGGAUUUAUACCAAAUAGUGGACGUGGUUCAACCAAACAAAUCGUGUAAAACAAGCAAAGGGGCCAUCAUUGAGAUAAACAAUGCACAUGAAUUAUCAAAUUCAAAUAAGUUUGCACUACUGUGUGAAUCCUGCGGAGGACUAUUUUGGGAUGGAGAUGAUUUAACAAAGACUGUUCGUGAUAUUAUAUUAAGUUUGACAAAUUUUUCAAUAUGGUGAUAAAUCCAUUGUGUACAAAUGAAAUUGCAUCUGCAUGUGAUAGUGGUUGAUUUUAUCAGUCUAGUUUAUAAGCAGUAAUAAAAAAUUGACUUAUUUGUAUUCUUGUAUUAAAUAAAAAAACUAAAGGUUCUAUGUAUAGGUAGAUCAGUAGGUAUUCAACAUUAUUUUAGCAUAUCUAUACUGUUUUAGGUUUUGUUAUUAUUUUACAAACUAUUUGUUUACACACCAAAUUAAAAAGAAACCAAAUUCCUAGCCAACUAGAUCUUUAUAGUUUUGAAAAAUUGUUUAACUAGGAACAAGUUGUUUACGUUAGGUGCCAAGGAUAUUAUUAAAACAUAAAAGACUUUGUUAAAACUUUUUUCCAUGAUUAAAGUAUGUACACAUCCUUAUCUGUGAAUUAGAUUUUUUCAUCGAUUUAUUUAUUCAGAGAAAUCCGUGUUUGUUUUGUCCCAAUAUUAAAGUUUGAGCUAUCGUAAAUAAAGGUUCAUUAGGUUUUAAAAUAAAUAGAGCCAAUAUUCAUUGAUUGUUAUAUUUUAAAUCAAGUUAAAAAUAAAUUCAUGCUAAUUAUAACGUAAAAACAAUUCAAACAUAUUUUUAUGUAGUUUUUUUAUAAAUGUGGCUAUCAGGUGGGUAUAAUAUUCUACAGAGUAGCCAUUUACAACAAACAUUGUAAUUUUGUAAUACAUAGUUGAGUGGAAUUCACAAUUAAUACAGACAAUAAUGCAAUAAAAUAUUUUUAUGUGAUUUAUUUCUAAUCUAUCAUUAAAUACUGAAAUAUAAAAUUGAUAAUUACAAAAUAUUUAAGUAAAAACUUAGACAAAUUAUUGAUUCCAUUUCAAACGAUUUUGUGAUCUUGAUAAAAAUUGCAAAAUCGUGUCUCAUACAUAACUUCUGUAGUAAGGCUACGAGUAUACUGGUGACUCUGUCACCUGCCUGAGAAUCCUACAAUGGCGCGCGCACUUGAACAAGUGACAAUUACGUGACUUCCAUACAAACGAUAGGAGCACAGUGACAGAAACAAAUGCCUAUGAUGACAAAUAAACAAUAGCGCGCGCG